AUGUCUUCUGGGAUCGCACCGUGGCGUGUCGCCACCUCGCGGGGGCCCUUCGUCAUCGUCGGUGUUGCGUUGGAAAAGCCACUAACAUUUCGAAGUUAGCUGACCCGCAGUCAUUGAGGUGCAAGCUUUGCGAUUUCGAGGCUGACGACCUUCCCUCCUUUCAGGACCACGCCCUGACCCACCUCCCUUUCCUGCCGGUGCAGCGGCGCCGUCUCCGGGGCCAUGGACUUCGACGCGAUGAUGGCGGACCUCGGCGGCGAGGGCGAGGGCGGGGCCUGGUUCGGGAGCCUGCUGAAGGCGGACGCGGCCGUGGGGGGCGCCGCCGACGGCAAGAAGCGCAAGGCCGAGGCCGCGCUAGCCCAGGAGGCGACGGACGUCGCCAAGGGAGCCAAGGGGAAGGACGACCUCAAGCAGCUCGUCGUCAUUCUCGCGAGGCUCACCAUGAUCAAUUCGAGGGAGCUGGCCAACCUGUGCGGCGUAGUGUACAACACGUUCCUGCUGAGCGACGCGCACUUCAUCACCCUCGCGGGCUUGGAGGCGGGGGAGCGCUACAACAAGCAGGUAGAGGAGCUCAAGGAGAAGAAGGCUGGAGGGGAGGAGGUGGACAUGGCGAGCCCGGGCCCCCCGCAUCUUCUGGUCUUCGCGAUGGUGUUGGCGGCGCUGGCAUCUCACUCGGCGGUGUCGGUCAGCGCGCCGAUGGACCGCCAGAAGGAGGCCAAGGAGUUUUGGCUGGACAAAGUCAAGGGGGGCACGCAAGCGGCGCUGUCCAUGCACGUGCGUUACUUCCGUGUCAUCAAGCCGAGGGGCACGAAGAGCAAGAGGAUGAAGGACAAGGUCAAGUUCGUGUUCGCCUUCUCGGCGAGCUCGGAGAUCGGCAGGACGCUAGAGACGUGGUUCCUCGACGAGAUGAGGGCGGCCGGGGCCGAGGUGGCCAUGGGAGCAGCGCCUCGCGGAGAGCUAGAGCGGGAGGCAGCCCGAUUGAUUUCGCGCCUCCAGAAAUGAGGAAUUCGACGCGACUGAGGGCUCUGCUGGAGGAGGGGCACACAAUCCCUGCACACGUUCAGCGACGGUGGGAGUCUGAUUACUGGGUCGUUCCACGUGCUGAGCCAAAACCGAAGCCAAGGAGCAGGCGUCAGCACCUAGAACCUUCGGCCAAGGCGAGGGGCCGCGGCCGGGGUAGGGCAAGCCGCUCUUAAUUUUUUAUUGGGAAAAAGCGUCUCGAUAGGAACUGGGUUUCUUCUGCACCGUUCACUGCUAUGCUGCAUCUCCCCGGCCCUCUCUUGACUGACAGGUGCCUGGGGGAGAGGCGGUUAGCCACGCUGUAUCCUCCCUGUGUGGGAGAUGCUGUGUGGCUUUCUGUCUCUCCCUCUCUCCCCUGGGGCCGCGUGCGGGUCCAAAACAGGGGAGGGGGGAAAUACUGUACAAAACGGUCGUUUUGUACAGUAUUUCCCCCCUCCCUUGUUCUGGGCUCCGUCUCGUAGCCUCGGGGUCUUGGCUGCUUGUCGGUCCCCGGCUUGAUCUGAAUGCUGGUCUCGGGGAUAAAUUAUUGGCGCCAGCUGCACAGUGUGAGCUAGACGGCACAGUCGAGUGCCAUCUGAAAUUCAACAGUUUUUUUCCUGUCGUAUUUUCUGACCUUUUUGGCAGGCGCAUGAGUGCCAAAGGAGCCCCCGACUGGGGCGUCCCCCCAAGGGGUGCUUUAGGCCCGAGCGUGUGGUUCACGCCAGCGGCCGCUCAAGUGACAGAGAUCGGUAGGGUGACUGUAACCCGCGCAGGCGGUGGCAUGUAUUGUGUCGCAGCUUUCAGGCACCGCCCCAGCGCAAUGGAAUGGAAUGGAAUCAUCAUC